CGACAAACUAUACCAUUAGCUGAUAUUUUGUUCCUAUUCGUUUUUCAAUUAAAUAUUUUUUUCUAAUAUUAUAAUUACUGACUACCUAUUUGUUUUGUUUUUUUAUUAUUUACGUUUUAAAAUACAAUUUUUUUCCUAAUACUCAUAUUCUAACUCAUAAUAAUUGUAAUACAACAAUAUCCACGAUGGACGACGGACAACUAACGGAAUUAUUGUUCCCAGACGGCGUACCCGAGGAUUUUAAAAAUCUACCAAACAUUAAAAAUUAUUUACAACAUCUCGGAACGUGUACAGCCGAGCAACUAAAUAAAGAACCGAAAUUUUUGGAAGACAAAAACGCCGUCAUGGCUCAACAAAUAAAAGACUUAGCCUUAAAGAACUACAAAACAUUUGUAAAGACAUCGCACUGUUACGAGUCUGUUUGUAGUGAAUUUGACGUUACUCAGAAGAAAACCAUUGAUUUAGAUAAUAAACUAUCGACACUUAAAUUAGAGUGUCAAGAAAUGCUACAUCAGUGGGCCGACGUCAAAGAAAAACGUAACCGAAAUACUUUGGCGAUGGUUUGGAAUUCUCGUAUUAUGCAUCACGCUCUCGAGCUUCCGCAACUUAUGCUGUCGUGUGUGCAGAAUAAGCUGUACGACGAAGCUUUAAAACUGGCCGAACACGCUAGACUUCUACCUUGUACUAUUCCAGCCGUAAAAUUGUUGCACGAAGAAGUCGAAAAACACCGGUCGACACUGUUAUUAGCGCUGUAUCAAGAACUGAGGACCGAUUUAGAGUUACCGCAUUGCAUGCGCAUUGUUCGCCUGUUGAGGACUACCAAACAAAUCAACGAAGAACAACUCGCAAUUAAAUUUUUACAAACUAGAAACUCUUGGUUUAACGAAAAAUUACAAAACAUAACCAACGAUAGCUAUAGUCAACAUCUUUUAAGAACUGUUGAAGUGUCACGAGCCUGUCUUACCAAUAUAGCGACACAAUACAACCUGAUAUUCUGUUCCGAAGAUCAUUCUUCAGCUAUCGGGUCGUCAAAGCUACUAUUUUAUUAUUCGUGGGCCAACCAAAAGAUUUGCCAGUUUAUUGAAACUCUUAAAAACGAUUUACCUCUAUGUGCUCCAUCGUCGUUAGAAACGAUUUUCACACAGUGCAUGUAUUUUGGCCAAUCGAUGGGACACAUCGGAGCCGAUUUCAGGGGUCUCAUUUCUCCGGUCUUUGUCGAUGUUACUGUCAAGAGAUUCAAAGAACUAUUGAAAAACUCCGAAAAAACAUGGCAAACGGACUUGCAGACGUUUCUGCAGUCUAGUAUAAGACAUGUCAGAAUGAAUCAAACUCACGACGACGUUGAUGACAUCCCGUCGCCAGUGUUUGAGUAUUAUCCUUUGGCGAAGUUCUGUAAUAGCGUGAUGAGCGCUCUGAACGAUCUUGGAGAAUAUGCACCUUACGCAGCCGCCGACGAAAUCACCAAAUGCUUACACGCCACUUUGUACAAUGCCUCGCGUGCUUUGUAUACGAUGUAUUGCCAAAAAGACUUUAAAGCGUAUCAGCAAAAUGAAAAAAAAGUUUUCGGACGAUUGUGCGUUUGUUUUUCGUUUGACGUCGUGCCUUACGUACAAAGAUGUCUGCACAAAGUCUACGAGCCAGCCAGUAUAGCGGCCUUUAUCGGAGUCACUACGACGUUGCUUCAAAAAGAGAACCUGACCUAUAUUGAUACCAAUGUCAUAAACGAACCCAUCAAGGAGUUACUGAACGAAUUUGGAGCGGAACUCUCUCUGGAAAAUACGACCUCCUCCUCCUCUUAAUAACUACAAUGUACCAAGACUUAUAUAUGUAUAAAGAAACACACACACAAUAUUAUUAUAGUAUUAUUUUUAUAGAUAUGUUAUUUAAUAUAAAUAUAUUAUGUUUGUAACGCAUCGA